AUGUCCACGAAAAAACAUCCUUUGUCAUCUGUCACAGAAUAUGAAAGUGGGAGAUUCCAAGAUGUUUUCUGGCUUCAAGCAUGCAUCACGGAUGCAUUCCUUGGUGGAGGAUAUCAGAAACUAAGAGAAUAUCUUCAACACAGAGAGAGCUAUGUCCCUCAAAGUCAUGAUCACCUUCUCUUACACCAGCUCGACAAAACAAUGAAUAAGGAACUGCAUGGCAGGGAAUUUCAGUGCGUGUCACUGUUGCUGAAAUGCCUUCAGAGGUUCUUUGUGGAUGGCCUCACAGAAGAGGAGCCUUUGCUAAUUCUGCAGGGAGUGAUCCCAAAGAUGGUUUCCUGGUUUGAAGAAACAGUGAGACUUCUGACCAAGGAAGACUUAACUUCCGAUGCAUCCCUGAUUACAGCCACAAAGGACUUCCUAGAAACAGCUUUGAUUAUUUCCAGGAAUAGUUAUAAAGGGAGAAUUCAGAUGUUGGAUGCCUUUGUAUUUAGUUUAGGAUUCCUGGUGACAGAAAAGCUUCUAAAUCACUCAAUUGGGCAGGAGGCUUUGAGGACGCUGAACUGCAUUUUGGAGACUGUGCCUUGGGCAGAGAGGAAGAAACUUCAUUUGCUGGAAGGCCCAUGUCUUUUUAUGAAGGACCUUGCAAGGACAAUUUUGACUGACUGUCGACAGUUUCUCAAUUGCCUAAACAGCAGACUUGGUGACCGAAGAAGGGUCUAUACAUUUCCAUGCAUCUCUGCUUUCGCUGAUGACCAUGAGAUGAGAAAACCAGAUAGUGAGAAAUUAGAGGAAUUUUGGAUUGAUUUCAACCUAGGAAGUCAGAGCAUAACAUUUUAUAUAGACAAUCCCAAGAGUGCCCUGUGGGAGCCAGUAAAAAUUCUCAAGGAAGCAGUGGGCAAUUUCUGCACAAUAGAAAUGGAGACAAUGAAGAUGCUUGUUAUUCACCUUAAGCAGCCGAUGGUUAUCGGCAACAAAGACGUGAUGAAAACCAAAAUCCACUUUGAUUUGCAAUUCGGCAUCUCGCACGUUUCCAGAAAGGUUCUAGGCGGAGACGAUCAGACGGUGCCUUAUGUGAAAGAAGAGUCCUCAGAAUCUAUUGGUCCUCUCCUGCUGAGUGAGCCUUCUACCUCGGAGCAGUCAGGAGCUGAAGAAAGUGCACCUACGGUUCUAUUGGAGCAGUCAGCAGCUGAAGAAAGUGGACCUACGAUUGCGAACCAAGAGCCACUGAUGACUAACCUCAAACAUAAGCUGCCCACCUUGGAAGACACAGACCUGUCCGAUGGUGGCUUUGUAACACCGAAGCAGUCAAGAUGGGAAGAUGGUGUCUCUCGGGAGUUCCAUUCAUCAGUGAGGGAGGAAAACGACAUGGCAGUUACUUCAGAAUCUGACUUUUCAACAGAAUUAGAAGAAACUUCUGUUCAAGUUCCUGUUCCAGGAGGGAAAGGCAUCUCUAGUUCAUAUUCUGCUCUCAAAGGUCAGCGAAAGCAAGACACAGAGAUGUCGACAUUUAUGUAUAACAAACAUCUCUUCUCUGAGACCAGUGAAGAUUCAAGUAAUACCAGCGAAAGAUCUUGGACUAGGGGCAGUCAGCCAAGAAAGAAGCCCUUAAAAGUAUAUUCUAAUAAAAAAAAGAAAGUAGCUCACAGAAGAAUGAAAAUUCUGCCACUUUCCCCCAUCAGCAGUGACAGCGACCUGGAGAAAGGCCAACCCAAGCUGGUCAGGAAGCCCCCACCCCAGGAGGUUCAGGUGCAGUUAGCUGCUGACGGCAAAGCCUAA